AUGGCCGACUAUCCCCGGGACAAGGAAGAUGCACAGACUAAGAUUUUGAGGUUGGAUGCUCGACUUGAGGAAGUGGAGGACUUUUCCACCGAGCUGCAAGGCAGGAUUUUGGAGUUGGAGACUCAAAUCGAGGUCGACCAGGACUUGGCUGCCGAGGCACAGGGUAGGACGUCCGAAAUGGAGAACCAACUCUGGGAAGAAAAGAAUCAUGCCAGGCAAGCGCGGCGCCUAGCCACCGAGACACAGGCCAAGCUCCACCAAGCCCUCAAACAUACGGAUCAGCAGCUGCGAGAAAAGGUCAUGUCCCUUGAGUGCGAGCGUGACAACAUGAAAGUCAUCAUCAAGAACCAAGAGUACCAAAUUUGCCAAUUUCAGUCUCUUGCUUUUGAAGGAUUUGACGGCGGACUCGAGAGCCUGCAAUGCAACAUCAAGGCAUGGGCCGGGAAGUAUGCUAUAGACGACAUGAAUAGCAUCAAAGAGAUUCUAGCCGACAACUAUGAGAUCUUCUUGAAGGCACUGGGCAACGUCGUGCGUCUGCGCACCAAAAAGAUGAGCUCGAAUGCCUCCAAAUGUCGCCAAUAA